AUGAAGCUCCUUUCGAUCUUCGGCUCUUUUAUCUGUGCUUCAGCAGCCCUCGCUGCAAACGGCCCUCGCUUUAUCAGGCCCAACAAAGUCUAUCGCUCCAAUCCAGUCAUCGAGAAGCGUGUCCCUGGACAGGACUUUCAGAACCCAGAGAUAAAUAAGAGGGCUCAUACCUUUCUCAACGCAAAGACCAAACCCUUUGCUGUUGAUGGCAAGCAUUUCCCUUUGGUCAACUUCGACUUAGGCGAGAGUUAUGCCGGAUUAUUGCCCAUCUCCAAUCAUCCGAAUGAAACACGAAAACUUUUUUUCUGGUUCUUCCCGUCUACCCUGGACAAAAGACCCGAGGAAAUCGUCAUCUGGCUUAACGGUGGCCCUGGAUGCAGUUCACUCACUGGUUUGCUCACAGAGAACGGUCCGUUCUUGUGGGAAGACGGCACUCUUGGCCCAACUCAGAACCCUUAUUCAUGGCAUAACCUUACCAACAUGCUUUGGGUUGAGCAGCCUGUUGGUGUCGGUUAUUCCGAAGGCAAACCCAACAUCAGCAACGAAAUUGAACUCAGCGACCAGUUCCGCGGUUUUUACAAGAACUUUGUCGAUACCUUUGGUGCCUGGAAUUGGAAGACCUACAUCACUGGAGAGUCGUAUGCUGGCUACUACGUUCCUUAUAUUGCUGACAGCUUCAUCCGUGCCAAUGAUAAGAAGUAUUUCAACAUCGCUGGCAUCUCCAUCAAUGAUCCCAGCAUUGGUGAUGAUGUUAAUCAGCAGCACGUCAUUAUCCGGCCGUAUGUCGAAUUUUGGCAGAACAUAUUUUACUUGAACCAGACUUUCUUGGAAAGAGCCCGAAAGCGCGACCAGGAAUGCGGCUACACCCAGUAUUAUGAAAAAUACUUCAAGUUUCCCCCACCAAAGGGACCCUUCCCGACUCUCCCUAAUCCACUCGACAGCACAGGUGACGUCCCGAUUUGCGACCAAUUCGAUAACUACUACAAUGCGAUUGCCGCGGUAAACCCUUGCUUUAAUGUCUAUCACAUCACCGACACCUGUCCGUUCAAGUCCACGCCGCUUGGUGGAGUUAACCCAGGAGACUAUGUCGCACCAGGCACCGAAGUCUACUUUGACCGCGCAGACGUCAAGAAGGCCCUCCAUGCCAACCCUAAAAGCAAAUGGGUGUUGUGUACAAGAGAGAACGUCUUCGCCGGUGCCGGCGAAAAUCGCUCAGACACAUCUGUCCCACCCGCCAACAGCGGUGCUCUCAAAAACGUUGUAGAAAAAACAAACAACGUCAUCAUCGGCUCCGGAGACCUCGACAUGCUCCUCAGCACAAACGGUACCCUCCUCGCCCUCCAAAACAUGACUUGGAAUGGUGCACAGGGUCUCUCUAGAUACCCCUCUGAAAACCUCUACGUGCCUUACCACCCCGAAUUUAACGCCGGUGCGCUAGCUGGCGCCGGGUACCAGGGCACCUGGGUCAAAGAGCGCGGUCUGACCUUCUACACCGCGCGUCUUGCCGGUCACGAGCUGCCCGGUUACACGCCUGGCGUCGGAUACCGCAUGUUGGAGAUUCUGCUCGGUCGCAUCCCCGAUUUUAGCAGCACUCGCGAUUUCACCACCCAAACAGGUAAUUUUACCGGUAAUACUGAUCUUUAUUAG